AUGGAUUUUGGCCAGGAGAAGAAGCCCAUCCCUCGUUUUGCCAGCUUCAAAUUCCCCCAAGCUCCGCCGCCGGAAGCUGAUCGGUCCUCCGAGCGCCACAAUCGCGAGUCCGCACGACGAACUGAAAGGUCCCGGCAUCAUUCUUCAAGGCACAGGAGCCAUCUCGAGCGGUCUAGGUCGAGGGAGCGCCGCAGAGAGCAAAGAGAACAUCGCCAUUCUCACAGGAGGGACGGCCAUCGCGGAGAUGUCGCAUCCGAGCCUCAAACCGAUUCUCAACCCGUCGUGAAGGAGAACAAGGAUGAGGAUACCGAUUUGUUCGUGAUUGAUCGCAAAGGCGACCGAUAUAACCUUGUCUACGGCACCAUACAUCGGUAUAAUGUCCCGCACUAUCGACGGUUCGGUCGUGGCGGCGUGCUUGGUCUCCCCCGGAAUCACAGAAUCGACCGCGAUACAUCGGAAGGAAGCGCGUUGGUGAUUAGGACGACCGCCGAAUUUGCAGACUCAGGGAAGCUGAAGUCAAAGAAUAUACUCGCAGGGUUAAGAAAGCAGAAAGGCAAGCUCCUUCGGGUGCGACCACAACCUAUCUCGGAAUCCACCGCGGACGAGCAAGACUACCUGUCGCUUAACAUUUCGUCGCAUCGAGGGGAUAGGGAUCAUUUAAGGGAGGUGGAAUCUGAUGAUGAGAAAUUCGCAUACCGUUCGAUACACGGCAAAGCCAAGCCCGAAGACCAUAUACCCAGCGAAGUGGAGGCAGUGUCGGAUACGGACUCCGAUGGUGAAGGCUUUAGGGUUGAUCUGAAUGAUGAAAUCAAACAGACCAAUGCGGAAUUAACGCGGAAGACUCAAGAGAAUCCUACGGAUGUAGGUGCAUGGCUCCGGUUAAUUGACCAUCAAAGCGCGGUUCUUUCUGGUGCCGAGGAGUCUCGUCCUCUAACCUAUGCAGAGCGAAUAGGGUUGGCAGAUAUCAAGAUGUCGUUAUACGAAAAGGGGUUGAAACAAAUCGGGCAAAAUUCUGGCAGGGAGCGCCUCUUAUUAGGAUUGCUGGAAGAGGGCGCAAAAUUGUGGGACACCAAGGAGCUUUUGCAGCGAUGGCAGACUACGCUGAAGGCGAACUCUCAGUUCAUCAGCCUCUGGGUCAGAUAUCUCGACUUCCGCCAAACACAAUUUUUGGACUUCACCUAUGAACGGUGUUUGGCCACUUUUAUUGAGUGUCUGAAACUAAAUAAAUCCAGCCCUGAUGGCCCCGAAAAGGUGUACGUUCAGAACUAUUUGUUUCUACGCAUGACACUGUUUAUGCGGGAAUCUGGCUUCGCAGAGCAUGCAGUUGCACUCUGGCAGGCAAUUCUUGAAUUGACAUUCUUCCAACCGGAGGGUUCAAACGUGCACACUGACCGGGAGAAAGUGCUGUCGGAAUUCAUGGAAUUCUGGGAAUCAGAGGUCACUCGAAUUGGUGAGCCCGGUGCCAGAGGCUGGAAGAGCGGGAGUAGCGCUUCCAUAGAUCCGAAAGGACCCUCGACGACAGAAUCAGUUUCUCAAAAAUCGGUCUUCAAAUCAUGGGCAGUAUCCGAAAGAGAACGGAUUGGCAAAGCGCGACUACCAGCACGUAGUUUGGAUGAAUUGGAUGACGACGAUCCCUAUCGCGUGAUCAUUUCCUCUGACCUCUGGGAGAUUCUAUCGAUAUUCUGGGAUCCAACUACACCACAUAUCGCAGAGGUGCUGCUCGACAGUUUUCUAUAUUUCUGCCACCUGCCACCAUUUACAUCGCCUAGCAAUGUGCAGACAACAAAGCGGUGGGUUGGUGACAACUUCUUGCGAAACGAGUUCAUGAGCGGCGUGGAAUCUCGACUUGAGGACUGGUUCCCCAGGGAGACCAACACGGACAGCUCUACGGCCGCACCAUUCUCCUUCCCGCAUACAAACUUUAUCCAGACGAUCGACACACUGUUCGGAAACCAGCAGACCUGGUUCUCCUCGUUCGACUCAUGGGUUAAGGCCGCUGUGAACACCCAAUCCGACAUAGACCCAGACUGGGUACGGAGGGCUCUUCGACUACUAGUCGAGAUCAAUCCCGCAAAGGAUGACCUGGCGGAAUAUGCGCUCGGGCUAGAAUUUGCAUGCAAUAACAAGGAAGCCAAGAAGUUCGCCAAAUCGCUCUUGAAGAAGAGAUCCUCAAACCUGCGUCUAUAUAACGCGUAUGCGGUCAUGGAGUGCCGAUCUGGAAAUACAUCGGCUGCGGAACAUGUCUGGGCCACCACACUUUCCAUGAGCAAGAGCUUUUCGGAUCAAGACAGAGUCGAUAAUGGCCUCCUUUGGCGGACAUGGAUUUGGGAGUGCUUAGAAGCUCACGAUAAUGCUCGUGCUUCUCAUCUUCUGCUUGCUCUUCCUCAGCAGGGUGUUCAUCUAAAAUCGCUGGCGGAGGUUCCACUGCUGACAUUCGGCGCGACAAACCUGCUGAAAAUGCACAAUUUUCUCUCGGACGCCCAAGAACACGCACUCGCUGCUCGUAAAGCAAACGUCUAUGUCGCCUACACAGACUGUCUAACCAUUCUCUCAUACCUGACCCAUUCGCUGGACCUUGAGAAAUCUCUCGAGCCCUAUAACGUCGCUUUCAUAAGGCUCAGUACGCUCCCCGCAAACGACUCAUCCUUCAAAUCCUUCACCCUUGAACUCCUCCACCAAUCCCGCGCAAAACUCCUCUACCACCACAUCCGCCAAGGCAACGCCUACAAACCCUCACAUAUCCGCUCCCUCCUAACAGAAAGCAUAAUGCUCCACCCGCACAACACAAUCUUCCUCUCUCUAUUCGCCUGGAACGAAUCCCGCAACCGCAUCGAAGAGCGGGUCCGCGGCGUCAUUCGCGAUAUCACCACCAUCGCCACGACCCAGGCAACUAAACAUGACAACAUCCUGAACACGCAAGUUCCCAUAACAUCACACCUCUUCUCAAUCUACACCGAACUCAACCGCCCCGUCUACGCAGGCUCAACACUACACUCCGUCCGCGCAGCGUUUGAAAAAGCAAUCGCCGAUCCAACCUCAGACUCAUCAAACCCUGACCGCCCCACCAACACAAGCAACACAGGAGCACACUCAAACCUCACCCUCUGGAAACUCUACAUCCUCUUUGAACUCUCCCGGGAUAACAUCAACCGCGCCAAAGCAAUCUUCUACCGCGCGCUCCGUGCAUGUCCUUGGUCGAAGGAGUUGGUUAUGUUGGCGUUUACACAUCUUCGCGCUGAUGUUGUCAAACACCACCGUACGAGUAUGGGUGGCAAGGCAAAGGUGAAAGAGGAAGGGAUGGGCUUUGAGGAGUUAAGGAGGGUUUAUAAUGUGCUUGUGGAGAAGGAGUUGAGGGUUCAUGUUGAUAUUGAGGGGGUGUUGGAUGAGAUCGUUGCUAGGAAGGAGGAGGGCGUUGUUAACCUGCCGAUUGAUAUGCCGGAGGAUGCUACGAGUGAUGAGGAGAUGCAGGUGUAA